GGAUGAUCAUGAGUUUAUACUCGUAGAUAGGAAGGAUCAGCAGCAGAUUUGGGGAAAGUUGUUGCGCACAGCACACAUUCUCUUUCUGAAACGCUCGAAAUCCCCCAAAAAUUGGCCCCCCUCGCUCGUAGUCCGGCGUCCGGCGAUGGCUCUCCCCUCGCGUCGGUGGGCAGGGGCGGUGGAAUCCGGCGUGGAUCCGGUGGCGGAGGCUUGGGCGAAGCUGCUGCGGUCGCUUUCCCAGGCCAUGGCGCGGCUGAGGGUGCAGAUGGAGUCGUUCGACGAUGCCCAGAUGAGGUGGGCGCUGGCCGCCGGUGUCCGAGCCAAGGCGCAGCUGCUGGCUAGCCGCCUGGCUCAGAUCCUCGCCCUCUUCUGGGACGAGGGGCAGCGCGCGGCGCUCCCGGCCUGCGUGCGGGAUGCCCUGUACGGCAUGGAAGACAUGGUCGACGAUUUGGAGUACCACAUGCUCAAGUUCCAGCCUCAUCAACAAGAGGUCAGAUGCAAUCUGCUCAUCUCUCUUGUCAAUCUCCGCUACCGGCUCAUCAUCAGCCACGCGUCUCGCUCCCGCUUCCUCAAGGAUUUGGAUUUCGUUGCGAGCGAGGCAGGCAGCCUCCUCUCCGCGAUGCAUAAGCUCGAGCCCACCGCUCCGUCGCUCCCUGCCCUGCUGCUUGCUGACGACGAUCAUCAGGUUGUGUUUGGGCGCCACAAGGAGGUCACUGACAUUGUUCGAAUACUCAUUGAUCCGCCGGCAAGCCACCACCACCACCCUACUUACGACAUCCUCCCAAUCGUUGGCAUGGGGGGCGUGGGGAAGACCACACUCGCCAAGUUAGUCUAUGAUGAUGCCAAGGUUAAGCAGCAUUUCGAGCUCAGGCUCUGGGCGAGUGUCUCUACUAGUGGAGGGUUUCACAAAAUUGACAUCACCGAACAAAUCUUGCGUUCAGCCAACCCAACAUACCCUGCUUCUAUUCACAGUGAACCUACGCUUGACAUGCUUCAGUUCCAUCUCAGCCAACUGGUAGCGUCCAAGAGAUUCUUGCUUGUUCUCGAUGACAUCAGGGAGGAGUCCUUCACCAGCAUGGCCUGCCAAGAGAUCCUCAGUCCUCUAUCAUCGGCAGAAAAGGGGAGCAGAAUUCUGGUGACUACUACAACAGCCUCAGUGCCUGCCAUGCUGGGGGCAUCUUGUACAUACCACCUGAAUGUAUUGGACAUCGAGGAUUUGUGGUCCUUGCUCAAGAAAUAUGCUUUCCAUGGAGGCCCAACUCAUGAUUCCACCCAGGAGCUUGAAGAAAUUGGGAGGAACAUCGCAUCCAAGCUCAAAGGAUUGCCAUUGGCUGCCAAGAUGCUUGGGGGGCUGCUUGGAGCUACAAAGAGCACAAAGACCUGGAUGAAUGUCUUGGACAAAGAACUUUAUGGCGAUAGUAUUCUUCCCGUACUAGAAUUGAGUUACAGUUACCUGCCUCGACGACUCAAGCAGUGCUUUUCGUUCUGCAGUUUGUUUCCGAGGAACUAUAAAUUUAACAAAAGAGUGUUGAUCCAACUUUGGAUGGCCCAAGGUUUUGUUCAGUCACAGAACAGUGCUGACAAAAAUAUGGAGGACCUGGCAGAAGAUUAUUUUGAGGAACUUCUUUCGCGAUCCUUCUUUGAUGUACGCAGGGAAGCGUGUGAAACACACUACGUGAUGCAUGACCUUGUCCAUGACCUCGCGCAGUCUGUUUCGGCAGAUCAAUGCCUUCGUGUUGAGCAUGGCAUGAUUUCUGAGAAGCCAUCAACUGCUCGCUAUGUAUCUGUCACCCAAGAUGGACUACAAGGCCUUGGGAGCUUCUGCAAACCUGAAAAUUUGCGUACCUUGAUAGUUCUAAGAUCAUUUAUAUUCUCCUCAAGUUGCUUCCAAGAUGAAUUCUUCAGGAAGAUAAGGAACUUGCGUGUCUUAGACCUUAGUUGCUCUAACUUUGUACAGUUGCCUAACUCGAUUGGUGAACUAGUGCACCUGCGUUACCUAUCUCUCCCUCGCACCCUCAAUAUGCUUCCUGAGUCAGUCAGCAAGCUACUGCACCUCGAAUCAUUGUGCUUUCACAAGUGUUCCCUUGAAAAGCUUCCCGCAGGCAUAACUAUGCUGGUCAACUUGCGGCACCUUAACAUUGCCACAAGGUUCAUUGCACAGGUGUCCGGCAUUGGGCGGCUUGUAAACCUUCAGGGAUCAGUUGAAUUCCAUGUUAAAAAGGGGGUAGGAUGUACCUUGGAAGAGCUGAAGGGCUUAAAAGAUCUCCGUGGGAAACUAAAAAUAAAGGGCCUUGAUAAUGUUUUAAGCAAAGAAGCAGCCAGCAAAGCCGAGUUGUACAAGAAACGACAUCUUAGGGAGCUCAGUCUGGAAUGGAACUCUGCAAGUAGAAAUCUAGUCCUUGAUGCAGAUGCUAUAAUAUUAGAAAACCUACAGCCACCCUCUAGCUUAGAAGUACUCAAUAUCAAUAGGUACCAAGGUGCCAUAUGCCCUAGUUGGCUGCAGUUAUCAUCACUUAAGCAGCUUCAAUCCUUGGACCUUAUUAACUGCAGGAAUUUGGAGAUCCUACCUCCAUUGGGACUAUUACCGUCACUCAAAUAUCUAUGUAUGAAGGAACUGUGCACUGUUAAUCAAAUUGGACAUGAGUUCUACGGCGAUGAUGAUGUACCAUUUCCAUCCCUGAUAAUGCUUGUUUUCGAUGAUUUUCCAAGUUUAUUUGAUUGGUCUGGUGAAGUGAAAGGCAAUCCGUUUCCCCAUCUCCAAAAGCUAACACUUAUAGACUGUCCAAAUUUGGUUCAGGUUCCUCCAUUGCCCCCUUCUGUCAGUGAUGUUACAAUGGAGCGUACAGCAUUGAUAUCCUAUUUGAGGCUUGCCAGAUUGUCUUCGCCAAGGUCAGAUAUGCUCACGCUUGAUGUUCGUAAUAUUAGUAUACUUUGCUGGGGACUGUUCCAUCAGUUACAUUUGGAAUCUGUCAUAUCUUUAAAAAUAGAAGGUCGUGAGACACCUUUUGCCACCAAAGGAUUGUGUUCGUUUACUUCUCUUCAAAGGCUUCAGUUAUGUCAAUUUGACUUAACAGACAAUACGUUAAGUGGAACUCUCUACGCGCUUCCUUCGCUAUGCUCCUUGGAGAUGAUCGAUCUGCCCAAUAUAACAUCCCUUUCAGUUCCAUCAGACAUUGAUUUCUUCCCGAAACUUGCUGAAUUGUACAUAUGCAACUGUCUGUUGUUUGCUUCCCUUGAUUCCUUGCACAUUUUCAUUUCCCUAAAGCGAUUGGUGAUCGAGAGAUGCCCCAAACUGACAGCAGGAUCCUUCCCAGCAAACUUUAAGAACCUCACAUCUCUCAAGGUACUAAGCAUAUCACACUGCAAGGAUUUCCAAUCUUUUCCUGUGGGUAGUGUACCACCGUCACUGGAAGCACUUCAUCUCGUUGGUUGCCACCAAAGUUAACUGACAAUGUGGUGUCAAGAAAAAUGCUCCUUAACACACCAAAGCUCACUGAUGGACCAUGAAGAACAUAAACAAAAAAAAAUCUUGACAACGGAUAGCAGGUUACACAAAUAAUGUUGCAUGGAGAAAUCAAGUGACGGCUCGCAAGUAGUAGGAGAGGACGAGCGGUAGUGCAUAUGACGUCGACCUUGCCAAGUAACUUCAGGCUCAUCCCUUGGAGACAUGAGAGAUGAGCGACCAUACAAUACAAGGCCAAUGUAUUCUGAUCUGUUUAGGAUCUCUUCAUCACCUCGUCUCUUUAUAUUUCUUUGUUAAGCCAGGGUUGGACGGCCAUCUCCUUGCUAGGCUGAAGAAACAAUGGAACACAUCCUAGUCUCUGUUUUUAGCCUUCAGAAUUGAAAGUUGAUCCUAUAGAGGUUAGGCUUCUCUUCCAUCUCCCCAACUCUUGACACAAACAACUUCUCCAGUUGCUGGUCUAGGGCUUUGAAGGGCACAAGAAAGUAGGAUAAGAAAGGAUUUAACUCGCUUAA